UGGUAGACUCAGCUCACUACUAAAAAGCUACAGCAUGAAUUGGAAUAUCAAAAUCCUAUAAUCUUUCAAUCUUCCAACAUGUUGGCUAAUGCCAACCUCAUCUGCUGCAACUUCUUCUCCACCUUCCCAUCUCUUCCUCUCAAAAACCCAACUUUCAGAACUUCAUUACAAACCCAAAACCUAAAGGCCAGAAUUUCACAUUCCAAAACAACCUCAAAAGUUUCAAUCUUUUCUGGAACCCACAAUGGUAAAACUUCAAUCUUUACAUUUCAAAAGGGUCCUCUUCAAAUUUGUCAGAGUACCUUAAAUAGUCAGAAACCAGAAGACCCAGUUCUGAACGAGAGUGCUUCCUUGGAAAGUGAACUUGGUAAGAGUGAAAAUGGUGCUGAUGGAGGGAGCUGGACAACCUCAGUUUUGCUCUUUGUGUUGUGGGGUGCACUGCUGUACUAUGUGUUCAAUCUUGCUCCAGACCAGACCCCGUCACAGGACAUGUAUUUCUUAAAGAAACUCUUGAAUUUGAAGGGAGAUGAUGGUUUCAGAAUGAAUGAAGUUCUCGUGUCCGUCUGGUACAUAAUGGGUUUGUGGCCUUUGGUGUAUAGCAUGUUGCUGCUUCCAACAGGGAGAAGCUCAAAAAGCAAAGUUCCUGUCUGGCCUUUCUUGAUACUUUCAUUCUUUGGUGGGGCUUAUGCUCUUCUUCCCUAUUUUGUGCUUUGGAGACCACCACCACCUCCUGUUGAUGAAAGUGAGCUGACAAAAUGGCCUCUCAACUUUCUUGAAUCUAAAUUAACUGCUUGGAUAUCACUUGCUGCAGGACUGGGCAUCGUUAUCUAUGCAGGUCUAGCCGAUGGGGCUGACUGGAAGGAAUAUUAUCAGUACUUCAAUGGAAGUAAAUUUAUCCAUGUGAUGAGCCUUGAUUUCACUCUGCUAUCUGCAUUUGCUCCAUUCUGGGUCUAUAACGAUAUGACGUCCCGGAAAUGGUUUGACAAAGGUUUUUGGCUUCUCUUUGUGUCAUUGGUGCCACUCAUAGGCCCUGCUCUGUAUCUUGCCUUACGGCCAUCUCUAUCAACAGAAGCUAAUUCACCGAGCCCUACUGAUCCGAAAUUGCACCAUGAAGAAGAUGGAUGAAGCUUACUCUACAGGCAAGGAACGUAUACAAUCAUUCAGGAACAUUUUUAAUGUUAUCCCAGUUAUACAUACCACAAUUAGCUUCUCAUACAAGUGGAACUCAGAUCUUUCUUCUGAUGGGAGACUUAUUAGAUGCUUGAAGCUUGAUGUAGCUUAACACAUCGAAGAAUUAGGAUUUUCACAUUGCUUUAGAUGCAUGUUGUAAUUACCAUUUAAACAACGUAGUUUCUACCAACAAUGUCCAAGUUUGAAGGAUAUGAAACUCAUUUCCGUUUUA